AUGGAGAAAUAUGAAAGAAUCAUGGAAAUUGGACGUGGGUCGUAUGGGGUUGUGUGGAAAGCCAUGAAUAAGCAGACCGGAGAGGUUGUUGCGAUCAAGAAACUCCUCGAAGAAUAUCACACAGCGGAAGAGUGCAUGAACUUGAUAGAAGUCAAAUCACUCAUCAAGAUGGCCAAUCAUCCGAAUAUCGUAAAACUUAAGGAGGUCAUACGAGAAAACAACACACUAUUCUUGAUAUUUGAAUGCAUGGAAUGCGAUCUCUACAAGCUUAUGGUUGCAAGAAUGAAGCGGUUCUCCGAAACCGAAAUAAGAAACUUGUGCUUCCAAAUCUUUCAAGGUCUUGCACACAUGCACAAGAAAGGCUACUUUCACCGUGACCUCAAACCUGGGAACCUUCUUGUAUCCAAGAAUACGGUAAAGAUCGGCGAUCUUGGUAUGGCCCGCGAGACGAAUGGUAAACCGCCAUACACUCAAAAUGUUACAACGUUAUGGUAUCGUGCUCCGGAGGUGUUUCUACGUUCGUCAUUUUACAAUUCUUCGGUUGAUAUGUGGGCUGCUGGUGCAAUCAUGGUUGAGUUAUUUACCAACCGACCAUUGUUUCAAGGUUCUUCUGAAGCAGAUGUAAUGCAUAAAAUCUGUCGAGUGUUAGGCACCCCAACUGAAAGUACGUGGUUCUCGGGACUUGAUCUUGCUGAAAACAUAAGCUAUCGGUUUCCUGAUUUUCCUGGUGUGCGGUUUUCUGAACUAUUGCCGAAUGCAAGCUCUGAUGCGGUUAAUCUUAUUGCAUCACUUCUUUCAUGGUGUCCUUGUGAAAGGCCCACAGCCAUGCAAGCUCUUUAG